CUUUUCUUUUUUUUUUUCUGUCAUAUCCCUAAGUUUUCUGCUUGAGGGACUUAGUACACUGGUAUGUCUAAUGAAAACUGUUCUGAGGCUUUCUUACCUAAAACUCACUGUUUUGAGUAGACUUUGCCAAAUUGGUCCUGGCUUCUGGCAAGUAGUUUCUUUGUAUCUUUCCAUCAGUGGGGAGCUUGGGCCCUGAAUUCUGAAUUGGGCUACUCAUGCUCCCAGAGUUGCAGCCAGCCUCUCUCCUAGGUUAUAUAACAGGGCUAAGGACAGGGUUAAAUUCCAUCCAGUUUUUAACACCUCAUAUUUGAGAACUGGUGCUAUCAAGAAUUUAUAUGCACUCCAAUAGCUUCCUUAAUUUUUCCUGUCUCAGCACGUAACUUACUAUUUACUUACUUUUCUCUUCUACCAGACCCUAAACUCUUUGAGGACAGAAAUACUGUGCUAUUUACCACUAUAUUUCUAGGGUCUAGUAUAGUACUUAAUGAAUGUUAGUUGACUAAAUGAAGUCCUGUAUCAGGUAAGACUUUGAAUUCCUAAUGAAAGCAAACCUAAUGAAAAACCAGCCACACCCCCCAAAAAAUUCCAGCACAUUUUUAGCUCAUGUAACUGCAAAAGUCCAAGGCUCAAGUCACGUUAUAUUCUAAGAAACUUGUCUUUUUCAAUAUUUUUGCUCUCCUCUCUGCUGUGUUUGGCUUCAUUCUCAGGUAGGCCUUCUUUAGAUGGAGUGCCCUGGUAUACCAAAUGCAAUUUCUAAUUCUGGUUGGGCCCGACUGUCUUGGUUUGAUUCAUGAGCCUAUCCCUAAAUCAGUCACAGAAGCCAGAGGAGUGUGCUGCUUUGCUUGGUGAGGCCUAGGUCAAAAGACCCUUGAAACUGAGGGUGGUGGAGUGAGCUCCCCAGAAGUAUAGUGGAUUGACACCUCUGUGUGUGUGUGUGUUUGUGUAGGGGGUGGUAUAGGGAGCAUGGAUGCUAGUCAGCUGAAGCAAUUCCACUUUCACUCCCAUUGCUGCGUUCCAUAUCUUUUCCUGACAUUGAAACCCUGUGGGCCAGGGAUACCAGCCAACAUGACUUGGUCUGUGACUGCCAGCUCUUCCCCAGAGGUAGGGGGUCACCCUUCCUGCUUAGAGGGUUCCCCAGACUCUGAAUUACCCUGCUUACAGCGUGAUCCUGCUUGUCCUCUUCCUGCUCUAAAUGUUUCCAGUAAGCUGCACAGUACAUGCAAAGUCCUUUCAGACACUUUGGCAACUAGUGAGUCAUGUAUACAAAGAACUAUUCAAAGCAAAAUGUGUCCAGUUCUCUAAGAGAGUAGUGAAAAGAUGUUUGGAGAGCAGAGAUAAAGGCAUGCGACAUCUGGCUGGGAGUAUGAGAGCAGACAACCAAUUCAGGGACUAUCAAACACCCAGGACAAACUUAAGUAUAGGAUGAAUAAUGACAGUAACAGUGAUAAUAAUAACAACAGCUGACACAUAUAGUACUUACCAUGAGCCAGGCCCUGUUCUUAGAACUUUAUAUUAAUCAAUUCAAUAAAUCUUCCCAACACCCUUUCAAGUAGAUAUAAUUAAGUAGAUAUAAUGAAGUUAAGUAACUUGCCUAAGGUUACAGAGUAAGAAAGCGGCAAAAUAAGUCUGGGUUCCUAUCACAGAGGGUCUUAAAAGCCAGGUACAGUGAUAGCCUUGACUUACAGUCUGUGAGUACCUGGUUCAUCUUUCCCAACGGACUCAAACAUUCUGAGAGCACGUCUGUGUCUAGUUCACCUUCGUGUUUUUUAGAACACCUAGGUGGGCUCUAUACUUAGGUAAAAGCCAAAUAUCUGUCCUCUUUGAAUAGACUAUCUUUUCCUUUAGUAAACAAGCAUCUGAAAACAGUGUGUUACUGGAGGGCGCCUUGGCAAGAGCCUGUGGUACUAGCUACUCCUCCAGAGGCUGAGGCAAGAGGAUUGCUUGAGCCUAGGAGUUUUAGGCUGCAGUGCCUUAUGCAUUCCAUGCUUGAGCAACACAGGGGGAUUCUGUCUCAAAUAAAUAAAUCAAUAAAUAAAAGCAGUGUGUCACUGGAAUGAGCAUUGUUAAUAUAAAUACACAGUCUUCCACAGAAGUUACAGCACUAGACAGGAAGUUAUGGAUCUGACUAAUUGAGGCUUUCACCUCUGACUCAGUGUGUGUCUCUGGCAAGUGACCUAAUGGCUCCAAGCUACAGAUUUUCCAAUGGUAAAAGAGAGGAAAACAGGUAUCCAACAUAUUCCACCAGGACAUACUGAGAAUAUAAUAAUAACAAUAAAUAAAUACACAUUUUAAGUUCUUGCAAUACUUAAGAGGAAAGGUACUACAAGAAACCAAGAUAUUUUUCUUAGUGUCACCAUAAUUUCAGUAAUCAACAGAUAUGCAUUACGAGCCAAAUAUUCUAGACAUUAUGGGAUUACAACAGAACAGAUGAAAACAGAUCUCUGCUAGUCUCUGUUUUAUAGGCUAUUAUGGACAAGGUCAGUUUCAGUGGUCAACACAGAGCUUAUUUAACAUAACAUCAAAAUGGGGGUGGACGUUAGAGCUCACCUGGAUUUUAUAUAUAUAUAUAUGUAUGAGAGAGAGAGAGAGAUCCAAAAGGGGGAAAUAAUACGGAAACAACUGUCCUCAAAGAAAAGAAAAGGCUCUGGGUUUGAGUCUCAGUAGAAGAGUUUACCAUCUGUGCGACCUGGGGCCAGUCACUUAGCUUUUCCGAGCCAAUUUCCUUCUCUCUAAAAUAGGGAUAGUAACGAUCUACUUCAAAGCGCUCGUGCUUGAAAAACUUUAAUCCAGUGGCUGGCUAAGCACCAGAAGUCAACUAUUACUAUUGUUAUCUCUGCAGGAGCAAGGUAUUUUCUGGCCCUUUCUCUAUAAGAAAAACCACUGUUUCUCCAGUUAGACUGCAUUCAUGAGGCCGAAGCAGAAACCCAAGUGCUUUAAAAAGCUCGGAGACCGGUGCUGCAGAAACAUGAACCCAGUCAUCCAGGGCUUUGGUAAAGCACAGCCCCCUCGGCAAAGCCCACCUUCCAUUUCCUUCCCUUCCAUUUCGGGAAAGCCAAGCUCCCCCUACGCGUUCGGUUAUCUUAUUUUCUUGCCUCGUCAGGUCGCUGGCCUGUCUCUGACUUCUCUCCGCGACCUCUCGGUCGUGCAGGCUCCGCGGCAGCGAAGCGGCUAAGGCUGGCGCCUCGCUUCCUCAGCGCUCCAUUCUUCCCCUCGGCUCCCGCCGGCCGCAGCCGCCUUCGCAGCCGGGGUUCCCGCCGGGAUUGACGCGCUGGGGGAGGAGCGGUUUCUCGCUGCGCGCCUCUAAGGAACAUUACGGCAGGGCUCGUUCCCGGCUCCGGCCGCCAGCCCCAGCCUCCCAGGUCCGGAGCCGGGACUGGCGGAGGCCGCGAGGGAGGGAGCACGAGCGAGGAGGCACGCGCCCGCCGGUCCGCACCCAGCCCGCCGCCGCCGCCGCCGCCUCAGCAGCCAUGGCCGAGCGCCGCGCCUUCGCCCAGAAGAUCAGCAGAACGGUGGCAGCUGAGGUUAGGAAGCAGAUCUCCGGACAAUAUAGUGGUUCUCCCCAACUGCUCAAAAACCUUAAUCUUGUUGGCAAUAUAUCCCAUCACACCACAGUGCCCCUUACUGAAGCAGUAGAUCCAGUGGAUUUGGAAGAUUACCUCAUUACUCAUCCUUUGGCUGUGGAUUCUGGGCCUUUACGGGAUUUGAUUGAAUUUCCUCCAGAUGAUAUUGAAGUUGUUUAUAGUCCUCGGGACUGCAGAACUCUUGUUUCAGCUGUACCUGAAGAAAGUGAAAUGGAUCCACAUGUUAGAGACUGUAUAAGAAGUUAUACAGAAGACUGGGCAAUUGUCAUCAGAAAAUAUCAUAAAUUGGGAACAGGAUUUAAUCCCAAUACAUUAGAUAAACAGAAAGAAAGGCAAAAAGGUUUGCCAAAACAAGUUUUUGAAUCUGAUGAAGCUCCAGAUGGCAACAGCUACCAGGAUGAUCAAGAUGACCUUAAAAGACGUUCAAUGUCAAUAGAUGAUACCCCAAGGGGUAGCUGGGCUUGUAGUAUCUUUGACUUGAAAAAUUCACUUCCUGAUGCUUUGCUUCCCAAUUUACUUGAUCGAACUCCAAAUGAAGAAAUAGACCGCCAGAAUGAUGACCAAAGGAAAUCAAACCGUCACAAAGAACUUUUUGCUUUGCAUCCAUCACCAGAUGAGGAAGAACCAAUAGAACGGCUUAGUGUUCCUGAUGUACCCAAAGAACAUUUUGGUCAAAGACUUCUUGUAAAAUGCUUAUCACUCAAGUUUGAAAUUGAAAUUGAACCCAUUUUUGCAAGUUUGGCUUUAUAUGAUGUCAAGGAAAAGAAAAAGAUUUCAGAAAACUUUUAUUUUGACCUUAAUUCUGAGCAGAUGAAAGGAUUGUUACGUCCACAUGUACCACCUGCUGCCAUUACCACCCUGGCAAGAUCAGCAAUUUUUUCUAUCACUUAUCCUUCCCAAGAUGUUUUUCUUGUAAUAAAGCUAGAAAAAGUCCUACAGCAAGGAGACAUUGGAGAGUGUGCAGAACCAUAUAUGAUUUUCAAAGAAGCAGAUGCCACCAAGAAUAAAGAAAAACUGGAGAAACUGAAGAGUCAAGCAGAUCAGUUUUGCCAAAGACUUGGGAAAUAUCGCAUGCCUUUUGCUUGGACUGCAAUCCAUUUAAUGAAUAUUGUUAGCAGUGCUGGGAGUUUGGAAAGAGAUUCUACAGAAGUAGAAAUCAGUACUGGAGAACGAAAAGGGUCUUGGUCAGAGAGGAGGAAUUCUAGUAUUGUCGGCAGACGAUCACUUGAAAGGACAACAAGUGGAGAUGAUGCUUGUAACUUGACGAGCUUUCGACCAGCUACUCUCACAGUGACAAAUUUUUUUAAGCAGGAAGGAGACCGCUUAAGUGAUGAAGAUCUCUACAAAUUCCUUGCUGAUAUGAGAAGGCCAUCUUCUGUCUUACGGCGACUAAGACCUAUUACAGCUCAGCUCAAGAUAGACAUUUCUCCCGCACCCGAAAAUCCCCAUUAUUGCCUAACUCCGGAGCUGCUUCAAGUGAAGCUUUACCCUGACAGUAGAGUUAGACCUACCAGAGAAAUCUUAGAGUUUCCCGCAAGGGAUGUUUAUGUUCCAAACACUACUUACAGAAAUCUUCUCUACAUAUACCCUCAGAGUCUUAAUUUUGCCAAUCGUCAAGGUUCUGCUAGAAAUAUAACAGUGAAAGUCCAGUUUAUGUAUGGAGAGGAUCCAAGCAAUGCCAUGCCGGUAAUCUUUGGUAAAUCUAGCUGUUCAGAAUUUUCAAAGGAAGCCUAUACAGCCGUAGUAUAUCAUAACAGGUCUCCUGAUUUUCAUGAAGAAAUCAAGGUUAAGCUUCCUGCUACUUUAACUGACCAUCAUCACUUGCUUUUUACUUUUUAUCAUGUUAGUUGUCAACAAAAACAAAAUACUCCUCUUGAAACACCAGUUGGAUAUACAUGGAUACCAAUGCUUCAGAAUGGACGGUUGAAGACUGGCCAGUUUUGCUUGCCAGUCUCAUUGGAAAAACCACCACAGGCUUACUCUGUACUGUCUCCUGAGGUUCCUCUACCUGGCAUGAAAUGGGUAGAUAAUCACAAAGGUGUUUUUAAUGUUGAAGUUGUUGCUGUUUCAUCUGUCCAUACACAAGAUCCUUAUCUUGACAAAUUUUUUGCUCUGGUCAAUGCUCUGGAUGAACACAUGUUCCCAGUCCGAAUUGGGGACAUGCGAAUCAUGGAAAAUAACUUAGAAAAUGAAUUGAAGAGCAGUAUUUCAGCACUGAAUUCAUCCCAGUUGGAACCAGUGGUCCGAUUUCUUCAUCUUCUGCUAGAUAAACUGAUACUUUUAGUUAUUAGACCUCCUGUCAUUGCUGGCCAAAUAGUUAACCUAGGUCAAGCAUCUUUUGAAGCCAUGGCAUCAAUUAUAAAUCGACUUCACAAAAACUUGGAAGGAAAUCAUGACCAGCAUGGCAGAAACAGCCUUCUUGCAUCAUAUAUUCAUUAUGUUUUCCGCCUACCAAAUACUUACCCUAAUUCAUCAUCACCAGGUCCUGGGGGUUUGGGAGGAUCAGUGCAUUAUGCCACAAUGGCUAGAUCUGCGGUGAGACCUGCAAGCCUUAAUUUAAAUCGUUCUCGAAGCCUUAGUAAUAGCAAUCCAGAUAUAUCUGGGACUCCCACGUCACCAGAUGAUGAAGUUCGAUCAAUCAUCGGGAGUAAGGGUUUAGAUCGCUCCAAUUCCUGGGUUAACACUGGUGGUCCAAAAGCUGCCCCAUGGGGAUCCAACCCCAGUCCAAGUGCAGAAUCAACACAGGCUAUGGAUCGAAGUUGUAAUCGUAUGUCUUCGCACACAGAGACGUCAAGUUUCUUACAAACAUUAACGGGACGCUUACCAACUAAAAAGCUUUUUCAUGAGGAGCUGGCUUUGCAGUGGGUUGUUUGCAGUGGCAGCGUUCGGGAAUCAGCUUUGCAACAAGCCUGGUUCUUUUUUGAAUUAAUGGUAAAGAGCAUGGUGCACCAUUUAUACUUUAAUGAUAAACUUGAUGCUCCAAGGAAAAGUCGUUUUCCAGAACGUUUCAUGGAUGACAUUGCAGCUCUUGUCAGCACGAUUGCUAGUGAUAUAGUUUCACGAUUUCAGAAGGACACAGAAAUGGUUGAGAGACUCAAUACAAGCCUUGCAUUCUUUCUCAAUGAUCUGUUGUCUGUUAUGGACAGAGGAUUUGUUUUUAGCCUUAUAAAGUCCUGCUAUAAACAGGUGUCUUCAAAGCUUUACUCAUUACCGAAUCCGAGUGUUCUGGUGUCCUUGAGGCUGGAUUUUCUACGAAUCAUCUGCAGUCAUGAGCACUAUGUUACAUUAAACUUACCCUGCAGCUUACUUACUCCACCUGCAUCUCCAUCACCUUCUGUUUCUUCUGCAACAUCUCAGAGUUCUGGAUUUUCUACGAAUGUACAAGACCAAAAGAUUGCAAAUAUGUUUGAAUUGUCCGUGCCUUUCCGCCAACAACAUUAUUUGGCAGGACUUGUGUUAACAGAGCUGGCUGUCAUUUUAGACCCUGAUGCUGAAGGACUGUUUGGAUUGCAUAAGAAAGUCAUCAAUAUGGUACACAAUUUACUCUCCAGUCACGACUCAGACCCGCGGUACUCUGACCCUCAGAUAAAGGCUCGAGUGGCCAUGUUGUAUCUACCUUUGAUUGGUAUUAUCAUGGAAACUGUACCUCAGCUGUAUGAUUUUACAGAAACUCACAAUCAACGAGGAAGACCAAUUUGUAUAGCUACUGAUGAUUAUGAAAGUGAGAGCGGAAGUAUGAUAAGCCAGACCGUUGCCAUGGCAAUCGCAGGGACAUCGGUCCCUCAACUAACAAGGCCUGGCAGUUUCCUCCUCACGUCAACGAGUGGCAGACAACACACUACCUUUUCAGCAGAAUCAAGUCGAAGCCUUUUGAUCUGUCUACUUUGGGUUCUCAAAAAUGCAGAUGAAACAGUUCUACAGAAGUGGUUUACAGAUCUCUCAGUCUUGCAGCUAAACCGGCUAUUAGAUCUGCUUUAUCUCUGUGUGUCUUGCUUUGAGUAUAAAGGGAAAAAAGUGUUUGAACGAAUGAAUAGCUUGACCUUUAAGAAAUCAAAAGACAUGAGAGCAAAGCUUGAAGAAGCUAUUCUUGGGAGCAUAGGUGCCAGGCAAGAAAUGGUACGCCGAAGCCGAGGACAGCUCGAGAGAAGCCCAUCUGGAAGUGCCUUUGGAAGUCAAGAAAAUUUGAGGUGGAGAAAAGAUAUGACUCACUGGCGUCAAAACACAGAGAAGCUUGACAAAUCAAGAGCAGAGAUUGAACACGAAGCACUGAUUGAUGGAAACCUGGCUACAGAAGCAAACCUAAUCAUUUUAGAUACAUUAGAGAUUGUUGUUCAGACCGUUUCUGUAACGGAAUCCAAAGAGAGCAUUCUUGGUGGAGUGCUAAAAGUGCUACUACACAGCAUGGCCUGUAACCAAAGUGCAGUUUAUCUACAACACUGUUUUGCUACACAGAGAGCCUUGGUUUCAAAGUUUCCUGAACUCUUAUUUGAAGAAGAGACAGAGCAGUGUGCUGAUUUAUGCCUCAGGCUUCUCCGACACUGUAGCAGUAGCAUCAGUACAAUACGGUCACAUGCCAGUGCCUCCCUUUACCUACUAAUGAGGCAAAACUUUGAGAUUGGGAAUAACUUUGCCAGGGUUAAAAUGCAGGUAACAAUGUCACUGUCCUCCUUGGUGGGCACAUCUCAGAAUUUUAAUGAAGAAUUCUUAAGACGUUCUCUAAAGACUAUAUUGACAUAUGCUGAAGAAGAUCUGGAAUUGAGGGAAACAACAUUUCCUGAUCAGGUCCAGGAUCUGGUUUUCAAUCUCCAUAUGAUUCUUUCUGAUACUGUGAAAAUGAAGGAACAUCAGGAGGAUCCUGAAAUGUUGAUUGAUCUAAUGUACAGAAUUGCCAAGGGUUACCAGACCUCUCCAGAUCUGCGAUUGACCUGGUUGCAGAACAUGGCUGGCAAGCACUCAGAACGAAGCAAUCAUGCUGAAGCUGCACAGUGUCUAGUCCACUCAGCAGCACUUGUUGCUGAAUAUUUGAGCAUGCUGGAGGACCGGAAAUAUCUUCCUGUGGGAUGUGUAACAUUUCAGAAUAUUUCAUCUAAUGUUUUAGAAGAAUCUGCGGUCUCAGAUGAUGUGGUAUCUCCAGAUGAAGAAGGUAUCUGCUCUGGAAAAUACUUUACUGAGUCAGGACUUGUGGGAUUACUGGAACAAGCAGCUGCUUCCUUCUCUAUGGCUGGCAUGUAUGAAGCAGUUAAUGAGGUUUACAAAGUACUUAUUCCUAUUCAUGAAGCUAAUCGGGAUGCAAAGAAACUAUCCACAAUUCAUGGUAAACUUCAAGAAGCAUUCAGCAAAAUUGUUCAUCAGAGUACUGGCUGGGAGCGGAUGUUUGGCACCUAUUUUCGUGUUGGUUUUUAUGGAACCAAGUUCGGGGAUUUGGAUGAACAAGAAUUUGUUUACAAGGAGCCUGCAAUAACCAAACUUGCAGAGAUAUCUCACAGAUUGGAGGGAUUUUAUGGAGAAAGAUUUGGAGAGGAUGUGGUUGAAGUAAUCAAAGACUCUAAUCCUGUAGACAAGUGUAAAUUAGAUCCUAACAAGGCAUAUAUUCAGAUUACCUAUGUGGAGCCAUACUUUGACACAUAUGAGAUGAAGGACAGAAUCACCUAUUUCGACAAAAAUUAUAAUCUUCGCCGAUUCAUGUACUGUACACCCUUUACUUUAGAUGGCCGUGCCCAUGGGGAACUUCAUGAACAAUUCAAAAGGAAGACCAUUCUGACUACGUCUCAUGCCUUUCCUUAUAUUAAAACAAGGGUCAAUGUCACUCAUAAAGAAGAGAUCAUCUUAACACCAAUUGAAGUUGCUAUUGAGGACAUGCAGAAAAAGACACAGGAGUUGGCAUUUGCAACACAUCAGGAUCCCGCAGACCCCAAAAUGCUUCAGAUGGUACUCCAGGGAUCUGUAGGCACAACAGUGAAUCAGGGGCCUUUGGAAGUUGCCCAGGUUUUUCUGUCUGAAAUACCUAGUGACCCAAAGCUCUUCAGACAUCAUAAUAAACUGCGACUCUGCUUUAAAGAUUUUACUAAAAGGUGUGAAGAUGCCUUAAGAAAAAAUAAGAGCUUAAUUGGGCCGGAUCAAAAGGAGUAUCAAAGGGAACUGGAGAGAAACUAUCAUCGCCUUAAAGAGGCCCUACAGCCACUGAUCAACAGAAAGAUCCCUCAGUUAUACAAGGCAGUAUUGCCUGUCACCUGCCACAGAGAUUCCUUUAGUCGAAUGAGCCUUCGCAAAAUGGAUCUCUAAACUGAAUGCACUUGUAUUAUUCAUCUGCAAAGAGCCAUGUAUUCAACAUCAAGUGUGAAAAGAUCUGUUGGAAAACAACAUGGAAUGGAAUUCUGGAAAUUAUUAUUCAUUGAAGAAUGCAGUGGCCAAGAAAAUAUCAAAUGUAGAUUGUUAAUGCUUGAGAAUCAUGGCUAUGGUUUCUAAUGUUCUGGUAACAAGCUGUUAUCUUUUAAGACAUUUUAAUGACUCAAAGGUACACUAUACAUUUACCAUUAUUUAUACCAUAGCUAACGUUAAAUUUAUUCACUUUAAGUUCGUAUUUUUUAAUUUAUAUUACCAUUUAUAGAUUCAUUUUGGAACCAUUUUAAAUGUAGUAAUGCUUAUUUUAAAGGUACUAUUAAAUAUGUGAAUGUUUACACUAA